AUGCUCCCACCGUUCCUCAAAAGUAGCUACCAUCGGUACAAAGCCGACACCAACCGUUUUACAGAAUGGUUGAUCGAGGCUGCCACUUCCUGUGGUACUAAAGUCGAAGAUCUGUUUAAACCAGAUCCCAAAUCGUCCAAAAAAAGAUCCGGAAAGAUCACUAAGAUCCCUCUCAAGGGAUAUGCCACGCUUGUCGAUGUAAUUGUGAAGGCUGGUGUUAAGCUUCCGAAGACUAUUAGGCUCGUUCUUGAGCGUGCUAUUGCUAUUCGAAAGAAAUUUGCAGUAGCUUUUCGGAUGGGUGGUCAUGAGGUGGAUGAUAAAGCGGAUAAAGGGCAUUUGCAUUUUAUUACGGUUUUGGAGAGUGCACUAGAGAGGUUGAGUUCGUCUGUUGCUGGUGCUGUUAGGGAGUCUACGAAACAAACCCCGAAGGCAAUGAAAGGAGAGGUAUCGAUUGGACAGCAGAUUCCAGACUUGUUAGAGCAUCUCGCUUUGGAUGACAACGACAAUGAUGAUGGUCUCAACAUUAAAGAUGAUGGAAAGGAUGACACGCCAAAGGCGACAGUCCAACCUCAAACAUUCGAAAUCGAGGAUGAAUACGAACUAGAACUUCCAGAAUCAUUCUUCAUGGCAUUCUGUCUUUUAGAUGAUAUAAACACUCUCCGAGACUUCAUCAAAGAGACCUGGAUAGAAUACAAGGAUGGGAUGAUAGACGCCAUGACAGCUGCAGUUACCACGAAUUCCGCGGUUAUUCUUGGGAAGGAGAUGAUCGAUGACGUUUUUUCCAAGAUCGAUCGGACCGAUUUUCCAGACUCUCAGAGUAUUUCGAUUACAAUGUACAAGCUGAGAUGUUUGUUGGAUAACGUCCCCUCUGAUGCCUCACGGAGAGGAGCGAACGAACCUUUCGACCUUGGAACGCUGGACACUGCAGAUUGGGCACUUGCUACGGCGACUAUACUCCUCCAAUCUUUCAUACCGGUGCUUCAACCAGGCCACUGUCCAUUCUAUCGCAAGGGGCAUUUCGGCCCUGUUGAUACUUCAAAACCUUACACCCAACGAUCAAACGAACAGAAGUUCCAAAGCGAUAGAGAAGCUGUACUCGAUAUCCUAGGAGACUUCGUUUUCUUGGUCAGAAUUAAGAAUGUUAUGUGGUUGAAAGAUGAAAUCACGGAGACGAUGAUGGAUAUGAUGGUGUCCAAGAAAGUAACAUUACAUCACGCUUUCUGUAUCCAAAUCUUUCUAGAUGUUGGAAAUGUACUUGAACCGAAGAAGUCAGCACCAUUCAAUGAUCUUCGAAUGACAUCUUUGAGGGCGAAGAAAAGCCUCACAAGCCUAUUGGCAUCGAUCAAAACCCACCCAUGCGCAUCAUGGCCAAAAUCAAUGACUGAGCAGACCCAAGGGAUUCUAGAGUUCAUCGAAACCCAUCUUUUAAAGGAUGUCUGGAUUCCAUUGAAAGAAAAGAGUGCCCCAGGCUUCAAACACGCUGAGUUCCAUCUUUUCAAAGAAAACCCGGUCCUAUCCGGCCUUACAAUGUACGAUUUGAACCUAAAUCUCCAAGAUAUAGGUCUCACCACCAUCAACACCUGGAAAUCAGUCUUCCCAAUACUCCACCUCUAUAACCUUCUUGAGCACGCUCGAGAGGUGCCUACCUUGGACUGGAAGGACCUAGAUCUUUUCCUGAAAUUCCAUGACGAGAAAACCAUCUUCGUCGGCGGAAGGCCCGUGGGUAUCGAAGAUAGUUUCAAAAUAUUUCUCUUAUUCUGGGGUAUGCCAGCGACCUUCGUUUCAAAAGUUGUGAAUGGGGCAACAAAACCCGAGAACAAUUCAAGACUUCGUCAAGCAGUUGGUACGCCCCGUGCCAUAGCACCCACCACAGUCCUCGCCACCGCUUUCCACGUUGCCCUAGUCGAAGACCGAAAGGCUUCAUUCUCUCUCGCGAUCGUUGAAAAGGUACUAGAAUACCUCGACUCGGUCCCCGAUUCCACAACCUCAACCCCAACCAAUGCCUUCCGCAUUCUCAAAAGAAAAUGGAAGUCCACCAAGACAUUGUCACCCCUCCAGCUGCUCGCUACCCUUCGUAGCAACCUAGCUACCGAAGAACCCAGGCUUUUAUUCAAUUACAUCGGUCUUCAUGAACGAUGCAUUGAGUUCUACGAACAGGCCAGAGCCCACCUUCACGACAAAUUUGUCCAAUACAAUGGUCCAAAUUACCUCAAAGAUAUUGAUAAAGAACCCCCCUUUGUAGUAUUCUACAUCAUGCACGCUGCUUUAAUGUCCUCAAAGGCACAGCGUACCCUGUUUCCCAAAGGCCCUUCCUCCACUGCCUCGGAUCUUGAAUUCGGCAGCGUAAUGUUACGCCGAUCCGGUGAACAGAUAAGGGAAUUUAUGAAAGGAGGUAAAGGAGAAAUUGCAUGUAAGGAAUUAAGGGUGUUUAGCAAGAUUUACGGCAAAGUAAGUGAAGGGUUGGAGGCAAAGAAAAAGGAGGAGAAGGAUGUUUAUUGGACGGCGAUUGAGGAUGUUGUGGAUCCGAAGGCUUUGGCGAUGUAUCAGUUUGGACGGUUAGAUGGGCGGAUAUGA